AGGUUGCAAAAGAGAAGCCUUCCCUCCUUUGCAUUUCUGAAGCUUUGCUUUAAGGCCAACUUGAUUUGGUCAGAGAGUGUCAGAGCCUACAUUCCAACCCUCGGAUGCCAAAACAUUGUGAGGCCACCUUGAGCUUCCUGGGAGACUUUGGCUACCGUUUAGUUCCUGCCAGCUUGAGUAGAGAAGAGAGCAGGACCAUGAGGCUCUUCAAGACUUUAUCACUCCUGGGCUGGCUGCUGUUUCUAGGUUGUGCAUCUGUUCUGACAGGUCCUAAAGCACUGAGUGGAUUUCUUGGCAGGUCGCUGUCUGUGAUGUGUCAGUAUGAUGCUGGGUAUCUGGACUAUCAUAAAUAUUGGUGCAAAGGAACCUUUUGGAGUGAUUGUCAUGUAGUUGUUGAGACCAGAGGAUCAGAGGCAGAAGUGAAGGCUAGCAGAACUUCUAUCAAGGACAAUCAGGCUCGUUUGGAAUUCACAGUGAGCCUAAGGAACCUCACCCAGCAAGACGCUGGGGGGUACUGGUGUGGCAUAGCAAAAGCAGGUGUUGAUCUCGGGUUCCCUGUAGAUAUUACUGUUCUCCCAGCCCCCUCCUCAGAUGCAGAAGAAAAAAUAGCAGUUACCAAACAACCAGGCCCUGAUCCCCACACGAACACUGCUGGGAAAGAAAAAUUGAGCUCCAAUCUUACUCCUACUAAAUACCUGAUAUAUGUUCCCUUUCUGGUUUCAAUCAUCUUCAAAGUGCUCAUCUUCUUGUGUCUGGUCUUUGCAAUUAUCUGGAUGCACAGAAGACACCACCAGGCAAGCGCUUCAGCUGCCACACUGUGAGAAAAUGCAGCACUUCCUGUCCCACAGUUGUAUGAGGAAAGGGGUAUCCCUGCUGCACUACAAAAGACCUUGAUUCAAUGACAAAAGCAUCUGAUGGCUAAGAACUUCCACCAAGCUGCAGGACAUGAAUGGCUCUUUUCUAUCUGAAGAGUUAAUCACAACCAGCAGGAAGAAAAUGCAGUUGUCCUGUGACAAGUUGGUUUCCCCUGUCCCUCAGCUGACUGUAUCACUCACCACCACUAUGUUUAUUGUGUCUCAACUUAAAUAGGCCACCCACUCCCUUUUGGUCAUAAAUAUGCUUGUCAAAGUAA